AUGGCUUCUUCGAGCGAACGUUACAACAUCAUCUACCUCGCUAAGCUAGCCGCCCUAGCCGAACGCUAUGAUGAUAUGAUCGAUGCAAUGAAGAAAUUGGUGAAGAAUAACAUCGAUUUAACUGCUGAAGAGCGUAAUCUCCUUUCAACAGCGUACAAGAAAGUUACCGAGCCAAAGAGAGAAUCAUGGAAACGUCUCUCAACAACUAAACAGAAGGAAGAUACAAUCUACAAAAAUGAGACGUACAUAAAGUGUAUUCAAGAUUAUCGUAAUAUAGUUGAGUUGGACCUUGCUAACAUUUGCUACGACGUUAUAAUUCUAAUUGAUGAUCAUCUCCUUCCUUUCGCGUCUUGCGCUGAAUCCUCCGUCUUUUACUUAAAGAUGAAAGCAGAUCAUUACCGAUAUAUGGCCGAAAUCAAAACUGGUGAUGCAAAAUCAUUAGUGGCGGAAGAGUCUUUAAAAACAUAUAAGGAAGCAAUGGCCAUAACAAUGGUUCAAUUUUCACCUAUACAUCCAACACGUUUAGGCUUGGCAUUAAAUUUUAUAAUAAAUUUACUUCAAUUUUACAAUUUCUCUAUGGUCAUGGCAUAUCAGUUGGCGAAGGAAGCUUUUGAAGUGGCUAUGUUAGAGUUGGAUGAUUUAGGCGGCAAGGCUUCCUCGAAAGACAGCAAGGUUAUCCUGAAUCUUUUGAGGGAUAACCUUACACUAUGGAAGGCCAAGAAUGAUGAAAGGAACCUUUGA